CCGACAGACAGUGAGAGCAGACAGCGGAACCUGUUCCCCUCAGCUCAACGGGUCCUGUGGUCCGGGCUGGCCCCUCUGCUGCCCCGGGAGCGGGCCAUGCCGCCGCGGGAGCUGAGCGAGGCCGAGCCGCCCCCGCUCCGGGCCCCGACCCCACCUCCGCGGCGGCGCAGUGCGCCCCCUGAGCUGGGCAUCAAAUGCGUGCUGGUGGGCGACGGUGCGGUAGGGAAGAGCAGCCUCAUCGUCAGCUACACCUGCAAUGGGUACCCAACACGCUACCGGCCCACGGCGCUGGACACCUUCUCUGUGCAAGUCUUGGUGGAUGGAGCCCCGGUGCGCAUUGAGCUCUGGGACACAGCAGGACAGGAGGACUUUGACCGACUUCGCUCCCUCUGUUACCCGGAUACUGAUGUCUUCCUGGCAUGCUUCAGCGUGGUGCAACCCAGCUCCUUCCAAAACAUCACGGAGAAAUGGCUGCCUGAAAUCCGCACUCACAACCCCCAGGCACCCGUUCUGCUGGUGGGCACCCAGGCCGACCUAAGGGACGAUGUUAAUGUACUGAUUCAGCUGGACCAGGGGGGCCGGGAGGGCCCAGUGCCCCAACCCCAAGCUCAGGGUCUGGCAGAGAAGAUCCGGGCCUGCUGCUACCUCGAGUGUUCGGCCUUAACACAGAAGAACUUAAAGGAGGUGUUUGACUCAGCCAUUCUCAGUGCUAUUGAGCACAAAGCCCGGCUGGAGAAGAAAUUAAAUGCCAAAGGUGUUCGCACCCUCUCCCGCUGCCGCUGGAAGAAGUUCUUCUGCUUUGUGUGAGCAGUUAUGGCAGUGUGUAGCAAGUGAGUGGUAGGUAGGAGGCCAGAGACUUCUGGAACCUGGGGCAAUGGGCCUUGGAGUGGGCUACUGGCAGGGCCUGACCACCCUAAGGGAUUUAGUUCCCUUUUGAACACUGGGGACACGGCCUCUAAUUGAUCGUUGUGAUAAGCCAGGGUGAGCCUAGGGCCUGAAGAGAGGGAAAGCUUUAAAUUGGAAUUCUUUGGUCAAGGCCCACCGAGAAAACCCAGCACUUUGAUUUUCAAGGGAUGGCCAUAACAGGGUCAGCCAUCUCUGAGCAACAUGGGAUCCAAUUGCCAGUUUCUUAUUAUGGGCCUACAGGGCAGCCUGGCCCAGUUAGGACCCUUUGUGGUGAUCCUCACCCACUCCUUGCACAAAGGUGAGGAACAGCCUGGGGAAUAGUCAGGCAUCUUGGAGGGCUGGAAGGUGCUAGCCUUGAUUUGGAGAGAAGUUUGAGAUGGAAUGGGUUAGACAGAGGCCAGAGAAAGAGAUUGAGAGAGGGAGCAGUAAGUGAGGCUUGGAGCUUUUGGACUAGAGGCAGAUCAGAGGGCUGGGCUGGGAAGGAGGAAGAGAAAGAGAAUAGGGGAUGGGCAACUGUGGAGCAGGCUGACACCUGGGCUACCCUCAACCCCCAAGGCCAGAGAGGGCGGGGCUGGUCCCUGGGAAGAACUGGGUCUCAGAGCUCCCUAGGUACUGCCCAAACUGGCUGGGCCAGCAUCCGGGCAGGAAGUGAGAAUCCAGGGCCUAGCAAAGGGAGGGAAAGAAACUGUAAAAUAGAGCCUGAAAGAGAAAAGGGGUUAGGGUCCCUUUUGCCAAAGUCACAGCCUAGAAGGUAGAGCAGUUGCAGUUUGCAAAUA